UUUCAUAGUGCAAUGAGUAUACUUGUGAACGAUAAGAAACUCAGUAUAUAGGACAUAAUAUCUAGCAGAGUCUGCUAUCUUUGACUAACAUCAUGCAAGACACUGAAGGUGUGCCCUGCGAGCUAUGUGGGGUUAUGUUUCCGUCGCGAAACAAGAUGUUUAAACACAUCCGGGACAGGAGCAACACUUGCGGUUCUAUAUCCACUGGUGAUGAGGUGGGAGUCCCUUACGGUACUCAUGGUCCCAGCAAAAGUGAUGAGAAAAGGGAUAAAUUGGCCGCAUUGGAAGACCACAGGAAGCAGUCACAGGGAAUAGAAGCAGAGCCGCUGGCUACUAAACUACCACCUAAGAAGCGUGCUAAGAAAGCGCCCAGGAAUAGAACGCUGGAUUUCACAAGGUUGGUA